CUCUAUCGUUACUUGGUACGCCGUACUACAGCCAAGUUCAACAAGAUCAUUCUGAAGCGGCUGUACAUGUCGAAGACAAAUCGGCCACCUUUGUCCUUGACCAGAGUGGUUCAAUUCAUGAAGAAGCCUGGUCGAGAUAAUAAGAUCGCUGUUGUUGUUGGAGCAGUGACUGAUGAUGUUCGUCUCUAUGAAGUCCCAAAACUCACAGUGUGUGCUUUGAGGGUGACUGAAAGGGCCAGGGCCAGGAUUCUGAAAGCAGGAGGACAGAUUCUAACAUUUGAUGAGUUGGCAGUUCGUAGUCCUCGUGGAAAGAACACUGUGCUAAUGCAAGGUCCACGGAAGGCUCGUGAAGCAUGCAGACACUUUGGCCUAGCACCAGGAGUGCCGCAUUCUCACACGAAGCCUUACAUUCGCUCCAAGGGAAGGAAGUUUGAGCGUGCACGAGGGCGCCGCUCCAGCCGUGGCUACAAGAAGUAA